AUGCACAAGCCUCACCUACUACAGUACCACCUAACGGCCCAACCGAUUCCAGCUUCAUCUUUAAAACGAACGGCGACUUUGGACAUCGAUAACUCGGCGGCAAAGAGGAGCAAAUUCAGCUUCCACCCUUCAGCUGAACAACGACGAGUGCACGACGCAGUCACAGCUGAUGCACACAGAGGUAAGUCUCCAUCUGAAUUCGUGGAAUCUUUGGUUUCAAACUGUGACCUGUGGGCAUACCCUGGGGUAGCCACACGAGCAUACGACCUGGAAUUCGGAAGCCGCGGUCUCUCAUUCCUUCACUUCACUCCAGUGGACCAAAUGCUGCGAGUCCGACGACAACAUGACAGCUUCAUCAACAUGAGCGACUUUUCGGUCUCCGCAAAGUUUUUGGCGGCCCCAGACCCUUCUUCAUGGGAAGACGUUCUUGCUGGCGCCAAUGGAUUUCAGCAUUACCGCUUCACUCGCUGUGAUACAGUGACGCAACAUCUUGGAACUGCCCUCUACAGCCUUGUCGUGGAGCUUAAGGCUCGUAAGCUGUGGCCACAGGAAAUGCUACUAACACUGGUGCUAUGGAUUGACGCCCAGCUCGAAAGAUACCGCAGUGCAGUAGUCAGAGACAUCACCGCCGCGCCCUCCACCCGAUGCGUGAUUGUAGGACAGUUUACGCCCAACAAUGUCGAACUUCAUGGGCUAUUUCUUGCCGAACAGAGAAACCAGUUCGAUGCUAUUCGACAAUCAGCUGCAAACCGGUCGCCUCAAACGUCUAAUACGUCGCGCCAAACCCGCAGCCAGCGCAACACCACCGAUAAACCCCGAAGAGAGCAAAGCGACAAUUACUCUCCACUUCCUCAACAGGAUGGCAAAGAAGUCUGUCUUAAGUUCCUCUCGAGAAAUGUUGCCCGUCCAGCGAUCCCAACGUGUGCAUCUUUGCCAGCAGAGCGCACUUCUACCCAGCGGUCAUCUCCGACCAACUGCGUAACUAUCUUCGAGGAAAGUUUGGCGGGGUCCACAGCAACUACAAGUGAAGAGGUCCAGGAGCCGAUGGUUCUUCGCUCCUCGGACAUGUCAGCCUGGACCAUCAGACGCUAG